AUGAGCCGAAUAAACUUGAAGAAGUCGUCGGCGGCGACGACUCCGACAAGUCCGCAUUGCCCGUCUCCUAGAUUAAUAAGCCUACCGAGAUGCGCUUCUUCUUCUAUUGAUCGAAAGGAUCAAGGAUCCCCGAUGGCAAGCCCCUCAACUCCUCUCUACCCAAAACACAGUGAUAGUCUUCAUUCAUUAUCCGGACAUGAUCACUCAGGAGUGGGGACAAGUGACAAAGAACCACCGAAGUUCAAAUACAAGAUGAUCAUGGUUCAUCUACCGUUCGAUCAGCAUUCAAGAGUAGAAGUUCGACCUGGUGAGACAGCUCGAGAUGCUAUUUCAAAAUUACUCAAAAAACGGAACAUUACCCCUCAAUUGUGCCAAGUGAAUACUUCUCCUGAUUCCAAAACAGAGGCCAUUGAUUUAUCGAAGACGAUGGAGGAGAUUGCUUUACAUUUGCCGGAUAACGAGUUAUGGGUUCAUUCCGAGUAUCUCAACACAGUUUCCUCUAUAAAACAUGCGAUUGUUCGGAGAACAUUUAUUCCCCCAAAGUCAUGUGAUGUGUGCAACAAUCCUAUAUGGAUGAUGGGGUUUCGAUGUGAAUUCUGUCAGUUCAAAUUCCACCAACGAUGCUCUUCAUUCGCUCCUCUCUACUGUGACUUGCUACAAUCCGUGCCGAAAAAUGAAGAUCUCGUGAAGCAGCUCGUUGGCAUUGCAUCAGAAAAUGACGGCCCCGACAGGUCGGUCGCUGAAAUUGUAUUAGCCGGACUGGCACCGACAUACGGACAAAGUCCAGCAGCAACACCAGACAGUUCCCAUCCAGAUUUAACGAGUAUCAAAAGAACGGGUGGUGUCAAGAGACACCCAUUGGCAGUAUCUCCACAAGCAGAAACAGCACAAUUGUCACCGGCAGGACCGUAUCCACGAGAUCGUAGCUCAUCAGCUCCAAAUAUCAACGCUAUCAAUGAUGAGGCUACUGUACAACAUAAUCAACGCAUUCUUGAUGCUUUGGAAGCAAAACGGCUGGAAGAGGAGUCAAAGGAUAAGACAGGAUCGUUGCUAUCUACCCAAGCACGUCGACCACAUUGCUACAGUGGACACAUUCUUUCAGGUUCUCGUAUGAACCGCCUGCACCCUCUAGUCGACUGCACUCCUCUUGGUUCAAACUCACCUUCAUCCACGUGCUCAUCACCGCCUGGAGGUCUCAUGGGCCCAACACUUCUCGGGCAAUCGAGUAGUGUUUCAGGAUCCACAACGUCUUCUCUCGUCGCCGCUCAUCUCCACACUCUGCCGCUGACGCCGCCACAAUCGGCGCCUCCUCAGAAAAUAUCUCCUGGAUUCUUCCGAAAUCGCAGCCGGUCACCUGGAGAGCGUAUUGAAGCACAAAGGCCACGCCCACCACAAAAACCACAACACGAGGACUGGGAAAUAUUGCCGAAUGAGUUCGUGAUACACUACAAAGUGGGAUCUGGUUCUUUUGGUACCGUGUAUCGAGGAGAGUUCUUUGGAACUGUUGCCAUCAAGAAAUUGAAUGUCGUGGAUCCGACGCCUUCGCAAAUGGCUGCGUUCAAAAAUGAAGUGGCUGUGCUAAAAAAGACACGACAUUUGAAUGUUCUUCUCUUCAUGGGAUGGGUCCGAGAACCAGAAAUUGCUAUCAUCACACAAUGGUGCGAGGGAUCGAGUCUCUACAGACAUAUUCAUGUUCAAGAACCACGAGUGGAGUUCGAGAUGAGCGCCGUCAUUGAUAUUCUCAAGCAGGUGUCUCUUGGAAUGAACUAUUUGCAUUCAAAGAACAUUAUUCAUCGUGAUUUGAAAACCAAUAACAUCUUCCUUAUGGACGACAUGUCAACUGUCAAAAUAGGAGACUUCGGAUUGGCAACAGUAAAAACGAAAUGGACUGUAAAUGGAGGUCAACAACAACAGCAACCAACGGGUAGUAUACUGUGGAUGGCACCCGAAGUGAUUCGAAUGCAAGACGACAAUCCGUACACUCCACAAUCAGAUGUCUACUCAUUUGGAGUUUGCAUGUACGAAAUUCUCUCUUCACACCUUCCGUAUUCCAAUAUCAAUAACCGAGAUCAGAUACUUUUCAUGGUUGGAAGAGGCUAUUUGAAGCCUGAUCGCUCGAAAAUCCGUACAGAUACCCCAAAGAGCUUGAUGAAGUUAUAUGACAACUGCAUUAUGUUUGACAGAAAUGAGCGGCCAGUUUUCGGAGAAGUUCUCGAACGUCUCCGAGACAUCAUCCUUCCAAAACUAACUCGCUCUCAAUCAGCGCCAAAUGUUCUUCACUACGAUUCUCAAUAUUCUGUGAUGGAUGCUGUUAUGAGGAGUCAAAUGGUUUCUUCAUCAUAUAUUCCGCCAUCGACUGCAAAGACUCCACAAUCUGCUGCGGCAGCAGCAGCUGCAAACAAGAAGGCCUAUUACAACGUGUACGGUCUUAUAUAG